UUUUAAUAACAAAAAAAAUCUUCCCUUGUUCUUGACCCUUCUAGCGGAACCAGCGCAACAAACCACCAUCAACCUCCUCUAAUCUACAACAAUACUGCCACUCACAUGACAAUUAAAACCACUACACAACCAACAGAUUUCUAUGAUGUGGUGUUUCGUGUCAGAACCGAGCGGAACUAUCCACGAGCUUAUAUUGCCGAAAGGAAGCCGUGGAAUAGAUUGUCUUGAAAAGAUAGCAUCUAGAAUAAAUUUGGUUGAAAAAGAUUACUUUGGUCUUCGUUAUAUUAACCCUUCAAAUGGCGUUGAGUCCUGGUUAAAUUUAAGAAACAGGCUAUUAGAUCAGUUGUAUACUGGAGGAGGACCUCAUAGAAUUCAAUUAAUGGUGAAAUAUUUUGUCAAUGUUCAAGAACUUCAACAGCCUAUUACUAGAGAUUUGUAUUACUCAACAUUAGUCAAUCACAUCAACCAUGGUAAAAUUGAUUUGAAAUCAAUUGAUAAGAAUAUAGUAGCUCAAAUAUUUGCUCUUACAGCGCAAGUUCAUGUUGGUGACUUCAAUGCUGAAGCUUUACCUGAUUACUCUGUGCUUUAUCAUUUGGAUGAGGAAUGGAGUUUAGAUUUUCAAAAAGUUGUGGAAACAGAACAUUUAAAGUUAGACUCUGUUACUCCUUCACAGGCAAAAAUUAAAUUUAUACAACUGGUUAGUGAAUUAGACCUAUAUGGUGUUGAAUCAUUUCAUGUUCAUUCUAUGGGUGAUAAUCCUAAAGAGCUAACACUGUCAGUUCGACAUGAUGGUUUGAGAGUUUAUCGAGCAAAUUCUUGCAAAGAAAAGAAUACAGAAACUGCUAAUCUUUUAAAAUUCAUAACCUAUGAUUCAAUAUCAACUGUAUCAUACAAAGGUAAACGGUUCACUAUUGUUCAUGGAAAUGGCAAUACUGAUCACACUCAUUCAAGUUUUUUGUUAAAGCGUAAUUCAGCUGCCAUUAGUCUAUUUCGAACAUUUACAGAAUACCAUUCUUUUUUUCAAUGCAAUACUGUAAAGAGUUCCGUAAUUGAAAAAUGCAGCAGAAACUCAUUUGGCAGAGUGUUUUCUGUCUUUUUCCCUAAUUCAAAUAAAGGCAAACUUUUUCUGUUUGAUGUAAUGUGUACUAGAAGACAAGCAUACAAUCAAGCAUGGUCAGUACUACAUGCUCCAAAUAAAAAUCGACAGUCAGCCUUUUAUCACAGUGACAGAAGUUUUAAUAGAAAGAGUGUUUACAGUUUGAGCUUAGCAGAUGAAAUUCCUGCAAACAGCUCUGCAAAAGAGCAAAAGAACCAAGAAUCAUUUUUUUUUAUAAAUAAUGAAGAUAAACUUAAUAGAAAAGAGCAGUGGAAGUCUACUGUCUCUCACUCAAAUGAUAUAAACAGUUUAUCAUUAGAGGAAUUGCGUGACACAGUCACAGAUCUUAUUGAAAAAAGAAUGUGUCAAGUAUGCAUGGAUGAAGAAGUUUCUACUGCUUUUUGUCCUUGUGGCCAUGUAGUGUGUUGCACAGAAUGCGCUGCUGUGUGCAGAGAGUGUCCACUCUGCAGAACGCAGGUCACCUAUGCACAAAGGGUGUUUUUUAAUUGAUGCUUGUUUGAUUUUGUUUAUUUAAUUAUAUAAAAAGAAAUUAAAAAAUUUUAGCCAGUCAAUUUUUAGACUGCUCAAAAAUUGAUUGUACAUUUUCAAUACACUUUACUUGUGUUUUAAUAUUUUAUUAAUUUGAGUUGAAGUAUUAUUUAUUAAAAAGCUUUUUUUUAUGAAAACAGUUAGUGUGAUAAUACUAAAAUGAAUGGUAGCUUUGAUUUUACAAUAAAAAUAUUAGAUUUUUUUUCAUUGUUUUUAAUAGAUUAAUCGAAGCAUCUCUUAAUUUUAAAUCUUUUUAUUUAUUACGAUUUAAUAGAUUUUUUUUUAUUCUCUUUCAUUUUAAUGGUCUUUUUUUGAUCAUUGAUAUUUCUUUACACAAUGAGUUUUAUUAUUGUAUACUAGUUAAAAUGUCUAAGUUGUGUCAGUUUUUGGUUCGUGUGGACUUAACCACACAAAGUUUUGUAUUUUUUUUGUUAUUUGUAAGCAUUUCAUUUUUUGUUUGUUGCUUUAAAAUCUUUUUUAAUGUUCGUAUAAAAUCGAUGUUUCUGAACUUUUUUUAUGUGUACGGCUAGGAGCUUUUUCUUCCUACUCAAAAAAUAUUCUGUGGAAUUUUGUUUUAUUUUCUUGGAAAGGUUUUAACUUAAAAAGUUUUUUUUAAGGUUUUACGAUUGAACAGAUAAUUAUGUAAAUUUAAAACUAUUUAAUGUUAAGUUAUUUUAUAGUUUAUUAGAUUAGUGCGCGUUGAAUGUGCAUUGCAUAUGUAAGUGUAAAAUAUAAUAAAAUUAUUUAAUCUGUUUACUUAGA